GGUUCGGUGCCUUUAUUUUGACAGGGAGCCCAUCCACAUGCCGCACUUGGCUCCCUCUCCCCUCCCCCCGUGUUUACAUGGCAUGUCAGUGCCUGUGGGAUAGAGUCACUAUUGCAGAUUACUUUCCAUCUGGAUGCUAGGCUGACCCCUUUGAAGUCUCCCUUAAAUGAAGAGAGUCGCAACUUUUCAAUCUGACAAGCCAGCGAAGAGGCAUCGCUCUCUCAUGACCUAACUGCUCUUCCCGAACGACUGGACGUCCCGCGUUGGGCUAAAUCAAUAAAUAAAAAUCGGCGAAACUUUUUGAAGAGAAAAAGUAGGCUACAUCGUCCACGAAAAUCUUUUUUUUCUUUUGUAUCUUAAAUUUUGCAUAUAGCACAAAAUCUGAAUUUAUCUCUAUAGCUUAUUUAAGGCAUCUCAAGCAUGCGGUUUCAGUCGAUGCGUGUGUCUCUACUGAUUUUCGCUCUAUUGCUGGCGGAGUGCCGGGGUUCUCAAAUAAAGUUUGGUCGAUUGGACCGGUGGGCGAAAGCCGGAUUCCAGUACCUGAAGCUUAACCUAUGCCGGAGGGUUUCCUCCUUGUCGGAGAGCGAAUGCAAGAGGCUGUCCCACCUUCACCAGAGCGGGGUGGCGGUCUACGUCUCUGAACCAAACUCCGAAAAAGUACUGGCGAUCCUCCCCGACUCGUAUUCAACUGGUUUGCCCGCUUCCAAACAAGGUGGGUACGCGAUAGCGUCGGUUCUGGACGACGGCAAGAGGCACCAGGACUUUUACCUUGGAUCCACUGCGCAUGACGCAGUAUUGGUGUUGGAUCCCAGUCCGGGCGAAAGUUUCGGACACCCCGUCGUCCUUUUCUAUAUCGAUUUCAACGUGACCAAGAAAAAAUGUGGACAUAGAGAUGGAAUUUUCAUAGGUGAGGAGUGCCUGACCCUGGCGCUGAAGAGCCGCUGCCAGAACCAGCUGAAGCGGCGCCAGAGCCGCAGCGAGCGCCCGGGCGGGAAGGGCCGCGCCCGCCGGGGGGCGGGGGCGGGGGCGGGGGCGCACGCCACGCGGGCGGAGCGCAGCGGUGGCCUCUGCGAGAUACACUUCCUCCCCCUGGUGGUGGGAGUGCGGGACGGCAACCGGACGCAGCGACUGCACUGCGUGGAUCACCCGGGUUUCGCCCCGUGCCCGCGGCUCCUGCCCAUGUCCAGCCCCAGCGCGCCCGCCUCCAGCUGCGAGCUCAACAAGAACACGCGCCGCUGCCACCAGCAGCCGCUGGCCACGCACCUGUCCUGCCGCCUCUACCAGACCUGCGACCACGCCGUCCUGCUCUCGGGGGGCUGGCAGGAGCAGAUCACCUUCCUCCACCACGUGCAGAGCCUGCGCCUCUUCUACCGGAUGCUGAGGAGCAACGGCUUCCACAAAGACCACAUCAAGACCUUCUUUGCCGGCAGCAGACAGGUAGCAGAGGAAAGCGCAGAGGGGGCGUACCCGGCCACGGAGAAGGAGGCGAUCCGAAACCACGUCUCCCACGUGUGCCGCAAGGAGCACUGCGCGGACUCCCUGGUGCUGUACCUCAACAGCCCCACGCGCAACGACGGGACCAUGCUGCUGUGGGACGGCAACUACAACGGCAUCGCGGACGCUAAGGAGCGCUACUCGGUGGGCGAGCUGCUGGCGGACCUGGCCGGGUGCCGGGCCAGCCGGGUCCUGCUGUUCGUGGACCAGAGCUACAGCGGCGCCCUGGCCAAGAGGCUGAAGGGGUCGCUCAAGCACCUGAACGUGGCGCUGCUCGUCGACUUCCCCUGGACGGAGAUGGCCGAGUACUGGGGAUCCUCCGACCCUCCCCGGUGUCUCAUAGACCACCUGAGCCAGGAUCCCGCCGCGCCCCGCCUGGGAGACCCCGCGGCGGCGCUCCUGAACGUCACGCUCGCCGGCGCCCCCUGCAGCGCCACGCCCCCGCUGACCAAGGCGGAGAUCCGCCGGGAGUACAUGGGCUGCCAGAACCUCCCGACGGCCCUCUGGUACCAGAGCCGGCGUCGGCCGGAGGACAGGAGGCACUGAGCAGCCCUGCACCCCUGUUUCAACGCGCGCCAGAAACACGCCCACCACACACAGUCACCAUGGAAACUCACUCACUCUACACUCCCCCUUCAUGCCAGCCCCCUAUAGAAGAUGUCCCCGUCGCUUCACUCCACAUAGUGGCCAUACAGUAAGAGUUCACUCCACGUAGUGGCCAUACAGUAAGAGUUCACUGACUGGGAACGAGGGAAACAUUAAAAACACCAUUACUAAGAAGUGCCAUCGGUAAUAAGAGUACAAAUUCCAAACGCAAUAAACCAGGAGGUUCGGUGUCCACUCCGGCGCCAACCAAUCAGCCCCGCAGCAUGGAAAUAUAAAAAUUUCCCCGUCACAUAUAGUUCUGCAUUUUAUUGUUUUUUCGUAUGUACGCACUUAUUGACAUGCAUCGACCUUCCCUGGACAUUGACAAGGCGGCACUGACCUAAAAUGUACAACGUUACUUCAGAAGAAAAGAAGAGAGAGGGUGUCUCUGAUACUUACGCUCCACGCGGCAUCACGUCCACCCCUCUUCCCGCCAGCGAUACGCAGUUACCGGGCGUCCCGUGGGGAGUGUCCCGUAAGAGCGCUGCGGUGCCUCGUGGGGGGUUCAGCUGGGGGCCAGCAUCGCCUCUUUGAAGAGUGCGCUCUUGCCGGAUCACUGAGCAGGCCGCGUUAAAAAACGUGGCGACAACACCACUCCGCUCCCCCCGCUCCCCUCGCUCCCCGAGUUCCGCUAACAUUCCAGGACAAAACCUUCCCCCCCCCCAGAAUUCCCCGGUGCUCUGUGACAUCACAAUGAUUUAAUCAUGAGAACGGUGCCAGCCCCAGGCCCCCCCCUCCCACCACAGAGAGGUCGAUGGCAGCGCUACACGCUCACACGUCAGGAUGUUGCCCAAGCAACGGUUCACACACCAGGAAAGGGAAAUAUUCACACACUAAACAGGAUACAGGGGCCAAAUGUGUGUACCAGCUAGAAGCAAAACACGCAACAUUUAAUCUGAGACACACCCCAUCUUACACAGGCCUGCGAUGCGGUCAGAUUUACCAGUAUGUGUAUAUAUUUAUAAAUAUAUUACGAUACGUAUUCUUAUCCAUGUAUUACUUAGUACACGUAAGUGAACACACGCAUACCGCAAACAGAGUUUUCAUAUGUAAAGUUUGUCUCUAUGGAUUGUUGUUUAAAUUUUUGGGGCAUCAGUCAGUUAUACCCUCCAUUUUCCCACCAAACAUAAACACCAACCGUAAGAGCUUCAUGAAGUCACACCUCACGCCACAAUGCAACUGCUGGGCUGUGAACUAAAAUACAGCAGUCAUCACACCUGUGCUGAAACUUCACUGCAGCCUGAACAAACUGUCUUCUGAAUGCACCGUAGAAAGAUUAUGUUCACUGUAAAUAUAUCCGUCUUCCUGCGCCAUGACUUACGGUGAAUGCUUUUUCAUUGCUUAUUGUACACGUGGUUUUUUUCCAACAGUAAUCAUUCCUCUUAUGUAUUUUAAACCAUAAAUCAUGUAGAUGGCUGUACAUAUUUGUAAUAAAUUAACUUUUGUACAUAGCA